CGCAAGGUUGGUGCACCUGAUGAAUCUUUGUUUGCGCUUUGUUUUCCUUGUUCGGUUAUCUCGUAACCGCACGUUUUCGUUAAUAAAUCUUCCGCAAGGCCUAGUCGACUAUAUUAGCGUGCGGAAUCCUUUGUUUACCCCAUUUCACGCGUUUUCGGCCACGAUCGCGUCUAAAGAGGUCACCCGUCAUGCGCACCGCCGCCCCCGGAACGGGAAGUGGGAAAGGGAAAUUGACACUGACAUUGGCCUAGUUGCUUUAAUUUUUUUAAGUUGCCUGCAUUUAAGUGCAGCCUGCAACCAGGAAAACCUCAGUCGAGCCCGAGACGUCGAGCUGGUUGCAUACCGCGCCGAGAUGACUUCGACCAAAGGUUUUAAAGUAACCGACGCCGAUCGAAAAUCGCGCGUGGGAAUCGCAGCCAAGACCCUCGACGACCUAAAACGAAAAACGAUCGAAAAAUUCAAGCUCAAGCAAUCCCCCGACGAGAUUUUUUUCCAGACGCAAGACGGCACUCUGGUGGAGAACGACGAGUAUUUCCAGACCUUGCACGCACAGACGCUCCUCGUGUGGGUGAAGAAAGGCGAGACCGCCUUGACCGACGCGGAGAUGCUGUACAAGACGAUUCGAGAAGUCAACGACGAGUACCUGACGGCCGGCGAAAAAGUGCAAGAGUUCUUCACCGAGAAGAUGAAGAGCAAGGUGUUCAAGCUCGCGGAGGUGUUGCGUGGGAUCGACGGCGACAAGGCCAAACACAGUCUCAAGUGUGAUCACCCGGAGUGGUUUGAAGGCCUUGACACCAAUGCAAAAACCAAAGAGGACUAUAUGUUUAGGAGGGCGCAGGACCGGAUUCGAACCUAUUACUACAAAAGCCGAGAAGAACUGUUGAAGGACGCCUCGAUUCCGAAGCAGCGCCUAAACGACCUCGUCUUGGAACUCCACAACAGGCUAAAAUUGUCCAAAUUCAACGGGUGUUAUUUCGAUCGGAGCGAUAAGAAGAGUUUGUGCGAUAAAGGGGGGGAGUUUACGUGUCAGGGGCGGUGGGACAAAGAGGUGUGUUUGUACAGUCCUAAGCACAAGAUUAAUCCGUACGCGAGCAGGGAGGGGCGGAUCGUGUUUCAGACGUGGAAUUUAGACCAUGUGGUGGAGCGGUCUAGGUCGGUGCUGCCCGAAGUGGGUAGGGCGCUCAAAGAGGCGGAGCGCACCAUCACGAAGGGCGGGGGCGAGGCGGCGCUGGACGUCAAAGCUAUAUAUAGUGAUCUUUUUACCGUGGGUAACUUAAAGUUCGUGCACAUUGUGUGCCACGACAAGGGCGCCCAUAGUAAGAAAAAGGCAGGUCCGUAUUUGCUCUAUUGAGAGGAGGAGGAGUAAGCACUGCAGACGCUUACUCAUCGACGCAAACAUUGAUUCCUACACGUUUGACCUCAAAUCGAAUCCCGUAUUAGCAAAGUUAUUUUUUUAAAUAGAGGGAAAUACGGAUCACUACUUAGAAAAUAUACAUAUAUAUACAUACCACGAUAAGUACUGUAGUUAUUAAGUAUUGUAUAUUUACGGACCCAUUGGCAGAAAAUGUGUAGAUUUAGGACCGUUAGCUGACCUAACGCUUCGUAUUAUCAAAGAGUUAGUUACCUAGAUUGUAUAUUUGGUCGUUUUAGUUGCUACUAUUUUAGUCUUUCCGUAUUGAUUGUCGAAGACUGAUGUUUUAAAAAAUUGAAGAGCUUAUACACUCACUGAACUGAACUCGGGCGUGUCGUAAAGUCUUUAUUUUUCUAAAUAUAUCACAGAGGAGAGUAGGGUAACGCGGUAGCGUAGUUUUCCGUUGGUUAAUUCCAAAAUGCUUCAUCAAGUUACAAUGUGAUUACGCUAUACAAUAAAAAAAUAACAAUAUAUGAAGUAGUGGCUUUAGCAGUAGAGGGUAGAAGUUGUGCUUCAGAUGCAAUAAUAAGUAGACGGGGAUUGUUGGUUGGUUGCUAUUAAUAAAGUCAAACAAGGCUGUGCCGGGAUCGCUCAAAUCCCCUUGUAGUAGUACUAUUAUUAUUAUAGGAGUAGGUAGUCGUAUACUAGUAUACUACCAUAUCAACUAUUAUGAAAAUAAUAAUCACGACUGACUGUUGACUGCCAUAUUGUCUCCCUUCACGUCGUAACCUAUGUAUAAGUUGCGAAAUAAAUGUUUACGACACA